UGAACUCCGGUUUCACCGCCGUUUCAAUGCGGCAAACACUAACUUGUGUUUAGAGCAGAAUUGAGCACUAAAUCGUCUCACCAAGAUGCCUGCUGAGAGUCUGCGAUGGCAAACCAUCGAAGCCUUGAAAAAUUCCCCGAAAGGCAAAAUAAAAUACUCAACACAUUGGGUAGCAGAAGGGGAGGACCUUCUGGCUGGCUGCAAUGACCAGCCCACCCUGUCCCCUCAGUCUGCGGUGAUACUGAAGAAUCUGUUCACUCGGCCGCUGCAGAAGAGCUGUUCUCUCGGCUCCACCCGGGACUCCAGUCCUGGCCUGCCUGAGAAUGCCCUUGCGUCCAGCUCUGCGCCGGCCAGCCCCCGCCUCCCUGUCACAGCCACCCUGUCCCCCCUCGCCUCCCCACAGCCUCCUUCCAGCACGGAGAUGGAGGGAGAACAGAAGGCAGAAGAUGAAGAGCCAGCCGGUGUAUCGAGUCCAGAGCUCAGUCCUCCCCCAAGUCCAACUCCACCCCCCACCAUGUCCCUGCUGUCGCCCCAGGCAACUCAGAUGGCAGGCUGCAUCCGUAUCUGUGAGGAGAACCAUCGCGCCAAAGCCAAGGCGGAGCUGAGCGCGAGGCAGGAGCUGCAGGAGCGGCUGGUGGCAGCAGUGGCCACCCGGGAGUCAGAGCAGCUGAAGCGCUUCGAGGAGUUCAUGGAGCUGAAGCAGAGGCAGGAGUUCCAGUCCAUGCGGGACAUGAUGGAGAAGGAGACGCAGGAGAGCCUUGGGCGGCAGGAGAAGCUGAAGGAGGAGCACAGGCACAGAAUGAAGAUCCUGAACCUGCGACUGCGAGAGGCGGAGCAGCAGCGUCUGCGGGAGGCGGAGCUUGAGCGUCAGCGGCAGGUGGAAGGCCGGGAUAGGCUCCGCGCCCUCAACGCCGUCCAGGAGGAGGUGCUGCAGCUCAACCAGCUGCUGGAGCCCUCUGGCCCGUCCCAGGCCACGCCCACGCCAGACCUGGCCUCCUACAGCACGCGCGGCAACCAGCUCUGCUCGCAGGUGUCUGAGGUCGUGCGCACCACGGCUGAGGGCCAGUUCCCCAGCGUGGAGGACAUGGCUGUGGCAGAGCGUGCUUUGCAGGACAUGAGAGCUCUGAUCCAGGCCGUGCAGCUGGAGGCCACCCAGGCUGAGGAGAGGAGGAAGAAGGAGGAGGAGGAGGAGAAGGAGCGCAGGAAGCAGGCGGAGCUGCAGACACAGCUGGAGGAGCAGAAGAAAAACGCAGCGCGUUCUGCCAAGGAGAAAGCAAAGAAACAGGGGCUACAGACGAAAGCAGAGGAAAGCACUCUCAAGUGGUACCAGGAGCUGCAAGACUCUGCUAACCAGUGUGCCCAGUCAUUUGAUGACCUCAGUAAGGACCAGAAUAAAAAGCUAAGAAUGGAGCUUCAGAAGGCUGCCUCGAUCCCCGUCAGCCAGAUCUCCAGGACAUCAGGGUCUACGCUGAGGGAAAUCUUUGACAAGAUUGACAAGUUGUUGUCUGGACGUUCGGUGCAAUCAGGGGGAAAGACUGUCUCCGCCUCCCAGCAUCCACUUGGGCUUGACUUUGUCAGCUACAAGCUAGCAGAGAAGUUUGUGAAACAAGGUGAAGAGGAGGUUGCGUCCCACCAUGAUGCAGCGUUUCCGAUCGCCGUGGUGGCGUCGGGAGUGUGGGAGCUGCACCCCAAGGUGGGGGACCUGAUCCUGGCUCACUUGCACAAAAAGUGCCCUUAUUCCGUGCCCCACUACCCCCCCAUGAAGGACGGCACUUCGGUUGAAGACUACCAGAGAAUUCUGGGAUACCGAGUGGACGAGUCAGGAGUGGAGGCUCAAGACAGCUUCCUGAAAAGAAUGUCAGGGAUGAUCAGACUCUAUGCUGCUAUUAUACAGUUGAGGUGGCCAUAUGGAAACAAACAGGGGCCUGUGCCUCAUGGCUUGAACAAUGGCUGGCGCUGGCUGGCCCAAAUGUUGAACAUGGAACCUCUGGCCGAUGUCACAGCCACCCUGCUCUUUGACUUCCUGGAGGUCUGUGGCCAUGCCCUGAUGAAACAGUACCAGGGACAAUUUUGGAAGCUCAUCCUCCUCAUCAAGGAAGAAUACUUUCCCAGGAUUGAGGCAGUGACCAGCACCGGUCAGAUGGGGUCUGUCAUGAGGCUGAAGCAGUUCCUGGAGAAUUCUUUGAGGCGCAAAGAGAUCCCUCCCCCGAAAGGUGAGCUCGGCUCAUCGUUCUGGAGGACUUGAGUCAGGGGAGCAAGGGACAGGAAACGCCGAUAACGAAAGACAUCCGGCCAGUGCAGCUGGAGGAAUGACAUUGUCCAUUUUAAGCUAGUGUGACGCCCAGUCUCCCUUGAGAAACGUCCAUGCCGGCGUACUGACCUCCGUCCAGCAACGGCUGCAGAGGGAGCUGAUGGGGU